CCACUUCAAUUGUCAUCUAAACCUCAACCACGAGUCGCAUCCUGGUUUCUUAGAUCAUCUCUUCUAUUCCGCCUGGGAGAAUUGGUGUGGUAUCAGAAUGCUACUAUCUGGCGUCUUGGCAUAGUGUCUGCCUCUGUCAAUGACAAACAUGAGAUUGUGCCCAUAGGACAUAGCUCAGUUAAAAAAAAGACUGUUUUUAGGCUGGACAUCGAUAUACGACCAUUCUAUGCUUUGUCCGUACCGCCAGUGGAUGCUGCCUACCUGAAAGGAGAGAUCUUCGAUGAUGUUCCCUGGGAUAUAAUAUUUCAAGCAGAACAACUUAAUGGGAAUGAGCGGGAGUCACUAAUCCUCGAUGCCUCCAAGAUGGCUGCUGCUAAGAUUGAUUACUCCUAUUCGUUCUGGAGCCAAAUAUCCAUCGACGCCCAGACUGUUACCUACUACGGAUGUUUCUUCGGAGCAGAACGAAUCGAGAUUGGCGAUGCUCUCCGUUUACAAUCUAUUUCCUCCAAGUCCAAUACUCCAAUUACUCCAACUGCGGCAAGGUUCUUAGGCCUACGAUACAUCGUUACAUUCAAGAGAUUCCCUGGUAGAAUGUUCUUUAAUGGAGAUGUCUAUCAGCUCGUAAAGAGCGAUACUAAUCCCUUCAGCAGCAAGGCCGAGGAGCAUUUACCCAUUGCCCUUAAGGAGGAAAUUAAUUGGCGCAACUCGACAAAUCCCGGUGAGCAUUGGCACUUUGACCUUGUUGGAAGAAAUCUCGUGUAUGCGGAAGAGGACAUUAGUGGCCGAUUCUACCCCACACCACGGCUCAUGCCCAUUAUCAGUCCUGAUGGCUUUUGGAACGCUGUUGCACAAGGUCAAACAGAUAACCAAUAUACACUCAACAGCCGCAAGGAUGCGACUGUCGGAAAGUGCCUGGGCAAGAAAGUGAAUCGCCUGGACACCUUGGGCACCUCAGUUCCCCUUUCAGCAACAUUUACGCAGGAGACAUACGUAAGGGAG